AGUGCAGCCCCGCAAGACUACAACAAGGCUGGGAGUGGGAGGGAGGACUCGGGAAGCAAAACAUGGCGAAAUAACAAGUUUGGCUGUUAGCCGCUUUUUGAAACUGCACCGUCUCUGUAGUGUUGGACUACAACUACAAGUUCAUAAAAUUUGGACUCUGGGGAACGACGGCUACGCUACUUUAAAGAGUCGAGGGCCCCGGUUUACAAGUAUUACGGUGGCUGGCGAGAAAAUAGUGCCUGUCUGUCUGCCUGUGCUUUUCCCCGGAAGGUUGGCAGUGCUAGGCGCGACUGUCAACACAGAAAAUGGAUGAAGAAGGAAAGUUUAUUCUGGAAAAGACCAUUUUAGCCGACUAGCUUAGCUACGUUAGCUAGCCAGUUACCGUUUGAUUGAUUGCACGCACCUGACUCGGUGUUCGAAUGAACGUGCGCUCUGCUCGAGGAAUAUUUAAGUCGUGUUAACAAGUUUGACAACUGCAGUCGUGAAGAAUCGUAUUUCAAACGAAGCCGUUAUUUUUUGUUUUCCACACCUGUGUUGAUAUUCUGGGAGGACGUGUAUUUCAGGCUAAUAUUGACAGCCUGACAGUCGGUUCUGGUGCGGUGCGGACGGACCCGGACGCCAUCACAUCAGACAUUGCGUUCUCCUUAAAAACAACCACUGCGCUGCUAAGCCGUUAAUGUCAUUUCCCACUUUAACAGCGUAACAAGGAAUGUUUCUGUGGCACAGCGGACAUAUGUGGUAGUUUUUCUCCGCGACACGCAUCAUUUUGUUAGCUGAAUGUUGUACAGCAGUGAAGACGCGGCGUCUUGUCAAAAUGAACGCAGCAAGGUGUUCAACAACAGUGGAGGUGCAUCGCAUUGAAAACCUGCCAGUUGUUAGAUCGGUACCGAUGGCCGGCUAACGGUGACGUUAACAGUUUGUUGAAAUCUUUUAUUUCAAGUUGUGUUCUCACCAGAUAUUGCAACCGGCAUUUCUGUAAAACAACUGCGGAUAACAUUAUAGCUCUCGGCCAGAGUUGACGUGAGCUAGCCAGCUGGGUGCGUCUGUGGCAGCUCUAUCUGCGAUGUGUUUGCUAAUCUAAGUGCUACCGUGUUGUUCCGCAACAGUUUCAACACACCGGGCAGCUCGUUUGCUGUAUUUAAUCUACCGAUAAGGCCUUUUAAGGUCGGCUCAGCAGCCACUUCAAAUUCCCCCAAGUACUUCUUGUCAAAUAACUGGCUAACUUGGUAGCUAAGGUUCUAAGUUUCGCCAGCUAUGUCUGAAAACGCCCCCACACGAAGCCUGGAUGACAUAGACCUCGCAGCUCUGAGGGAUCCAGCAGGAAUCUUUGAGCUGGUUGAGGUAGUCGGCAAUGGGACAUAUGGACAGGUGUACAAGGGCCGUCACGUGAAGACGGGCCAGCUGGCUGCCAUCAAGGUGAUGGAUGUCACAGAGGAGGAGGAGGAGGAGAUCAAAGCAGAAAUCAACAUGCUGAAGAAAUACAGCCACCACCGCAACAUAGCCACGUACUACGGUGCCUUCGUCAAGAAGAGUCCACCAGGACAUGAUGACCAACUUUGGCUGGUGAUGGAGUUUUGUGGGGCGGGAUCGGUGACCGACCUGGUGAAAAACACAAAGGGCAGCUCUCUAAAGGAGGACUGGAUUGCCUACAUCUGCAGAGAGAUUCUAAGGGGCCUUUCUCACCUCCACGCCCACAAAGUUAUCCACAGAGACAUCAAGGGUCAGAAUGUGCUGCUAACAGAGAAUGCAGAGGUCAAACUUGUUGAUUUUGGGGUGAGUGCUCAGUUGGACCGGACUGUUGGGCGUAGGAACACCUUCAUAGGCACACCUUAUUGGAUGGCACCUGAGGUUAUUGCCUGUGAUGAGAACCCUGACUCCACCUAUGACUACAGGAGUGAUAUUUGGUCCCUGGGGAUCACCGCCAUUGAGAUGGCAGAGGGAGCACCUCCUUUGUGUGACAUGCACCCAAUGAGAGCCCUCUUCCUGAUUCCCAGGAAUCCCCCUCCGAAACUUAAAUCCAAAAAAUGGUCCAAGAAAUUCAUUGACUUUAUAGAAGGCUGUCUUGUGAAGACAUAUACCAGCCGACCAUCCACAGAGCAGCUUCUCAAGCACUCCUUCAUCAGGGACCAGCCCACUGAGCGUCAGGUCCGAAUUCAGCUCAAAGACCAUAUUGACCGUACACGCAAGAAAAGGGGAGAGAAGGAAGAAACAGAGUAUGAGUACAGUGGUAGUGAUGAAGAGGAUGAAAAUCGUGGAGAUGACCGAGAGUCAAGUUCAAUCCUCAAUGUACCCGGUGAGUCCACCCUGAGGCGGGACUUCCAGCGUCUGCAGCAGGAGAACAAAGAGCGCUCGGAGGCUCACAAGAGGCAGCAGGCCCAGCUAGCUGCUCAGCGCAGAGACCCUGAGGAACACAAGAGGCAACUGUUGCAUGACCGGCAGAAACGCAUUGAAGAGCAGAAGGAACAGCGUCGCCGACUUGAAGAGCAACAGAGGAAAGAGCGAGAGAUGGUGAGGCAGCAAGAAAAAGGUCCCCAUCGAAGACUCGACGAUAUGAGACGGGAGGAAGAUAGAAGGUUGGCUGAGAGGGAGCAGGAGUUUAUCAGGCAUAAGUUAGAAGAAGAGCAGCGGCAAUUAGAAAUCCUUCAGCAGCAGUUGCUUCAGGAACAAGCACUGCUUAUGGAGUAUAAGCGCAAGCAGCUGGAGGAACAGCGUCAGUCAGAGCGACUGCAGAGGCAGCUGCAGCAGGAGCAUGCCUACCUGGUGUCUCUGCAACAACAGCAGCAAGAAAAGAAGCCCCAGCUCUACCACUACAACAAAAACCUGGAGCCCAACAACAAACCGACUUGGGCCCGUGAGGUGGAGGAGCGGAGUAAGCUCAACAGACAGGGCUCACCCAAAAUCUGCACCACUGUCUCUGACACUGCCAUCCAGUCGCGCUCUGACUCAAUCAGCCAGUCAGGAGUGGUCCAGUCUGCUCAGACCCCACCAAUGCAGAGGCCUGUUGAACCCCAAGGGGGGCAAGGAAAGUUCCAGAUGGCUCACUUGGUUCCACUGAAGCCUUAUGCUGCCCCUGUCCCUCGUUCCCAGUCCCUCUGUGACCAGCCCACUAAGACCAUGUCCGCAUUCCCCACCCAGGAUCCCUCCCUUACCCCCACACCCCGUCCCAUCCACUCUAGAGAGCUGGUGCGUCAAAACUCAGACCCCACUUCUGAAACCCCGGCACCACAGGUACACCAAAUCAGAGAUGAUCGUGGCCCCUGGAUCCGCCUGCCAGAUGUGGAACUCCCACCUAAGAUUCCCCAGAGGACAGCGUCUAUUGCCACAGCUCUCAACACUAACCUGACGUCUGGCAUAAGACAUCCAGUACGAGCCAGCAAUCCAGAUCUGAGCCGCAAUGAUCGCUGGGAGAGAUCGGACAGUAUGAGCAUCAUAUCCAAUCUGCCCCAGACUGGCUCUCUAGAGAGGCAUCGCAUCCUCAGUUCCUCCAAAAUGGAUUCACCCAUUAUCUCCCAUGAUAGUCGUCAUAAGCCAGGGGAGUCUCGCACCUCCUCCCGCCCUGGACGCCCUGCUAGCUACAAGAGAGCUAUAGGGGAGGAUCAUGGCCUCUUUGCCAAGGAGCGUGCAGAGGAGCAGCCAAGGCCCCCGGUCAAGGCCAACGAUUACUCGUCCUCUUCAGAGAGCAGCGAGAGCAGUGAGGAGAGCGAGAGUGGCGAGGGAGCAGAGGAGGAAGAAAGCCCCACAGAUCGUCACAGGGACGCAGACACUGAUUCAGUCAACACCAUGGUGGUUCAUGAAGACGAGGGCGAGGGGGGAGAGGGAGAGCAGGCUGGAGGCUAUGGGGAUCAGACCAUGCUGGUGCAGAGGACCCCAGAGAAGAGGAGCCAUAAUGGAUACACUAACUUGCCAGAUGUGGUGCAGCCUUCCCAUUCCCCCACUGAUUCAGCCACUCACUCCUCCCCUGGGAAGGACUCUGUUUAUGAUUAUCAGUCCAGAGGUUUGGUUAAAGCAUCUGGCAAGUCUUCCUUCACCACCUUUGUGGAUCUGGGCAUGUACCAGUCACCAGGAGGCACUGGGGAUAACAUGUCUGUCAGUGGCUCCAGGUUUGAGCAGCUGAAGAUGGAGGUGAGGAAAGGAUCAAUGGUGAACGUCAAUCCCACCAACACACGCCCCCCCAAUGACACACCGGAGAUCCGCAAGUACAAGAAGAGGUUCAACUCUGAGAUCCUGUGUGCUGCACUCUGGGGUGUGAACCUGUUGGUGGGCACAGAGAACGGUUUGAAGCUGCUGGACCGUAGUGGUCAGGGCAAGGUUUACCCUCUCAUCAACUCCCGCAGGUUCCAACAGAUGGACGUCCUGGAGGGUCUCAACCUGCUCAUCACCAUAUCAGGCAAGAAAAACAAGGUGCGUGUCUACUACCUGGCCUGGCUGAGGAACAAGAUCCUCCACAAUGACCCUGAGGUGGAGAAGAAGCAGGGCUGGACCACUGUGGGGGAGAUGGAGGGUUGCGUGCACUACAAAGUGGUGAAAUAUGAGAGGAUAAAGUUCCUGGUGAUUGCUCUGAAGAACGCGGUGGAAGUGUAUGCUUGGGCGCCCAAACCUUAUCACAAAUUCAUGGCCUUCAAGUCUUUUGCAGACCUGCCACACAGGCCUGUCCUGGUCGACCUGACAGUGGAGGAGGGUCAGAGGUUGAAGGUCAUCUAUGGGUCUUGCGCAGGCUUCCACGCAAUCGACGUGGACUCCGGAAACAACUAUGACAUUUAUAUUCCUGUUCAUAUCCAGAGCCAUGUGACACCGCACGCAAUUGUGUUCCUGCCCAGCUCAGACGGCAUGGAGAUGCUGCUGUGCUACGAAGACGAGGGCGUCUAUGUCAACACCUAUGGACGCAUCAUCAAGGACGUGGUUCUACAGUGGGGCGAGAUGCCCACAUCUGUUGCUCAUAUCUGCUCAAAUCAGAUCAUGGGAUGGGGAGAAAAGGCCAUUGAGAUUCGUUCUGUGGAGACCGGCCACCUGGACGGUGUCUUCAUGCACAAAAGAGCUCAGAGGCUGAAGUUCCUUUGUGAGAGAAAUGACAAGGUGUUCUUUGCCUCUGUGCGGUCUGGAGGCAGCAGUCAGGUGUACUUCAUGACGUUGAACAGAAACUGCAUCAUGAACUGGUGAAGGAACAGCUGCUCUGGUCAGUGUGAGGAACCCAGCAGGGUUCAGAGAAGGAAGUGCAUCUGAAAUUCUCGCAAACGCAUGCACACAAAUGUGAACACCUCUCUCCCUUUCUCUCCAACUUGCUCUCACUCACACACUCAUGCUCCAGAGACACACACACGCACACACUCUCACAUAAAAAGAACACACACACACACACAUACACAAACAAUCUUUCAAUCCAUUCCAGCCUACAUGUACACUCAUUAAGAUACAGUUUCUACAGAGGCCCCUGAUAACAUUCUCCCUGGAACCAUCAUGAAAAAUCACUGAUGAGCUUCAAAUGUUUAUACCAUCUAUUAAUUUGUACUGUAAAUAUUCUUGUCUUGAUUUACUUUACUUGGUGGACCCGUGUUCAGUCGUAACUAUUUAGUUCCUAAUUGUGAAGUAUGUUGAAAACAUUCCUCGAUGGUUCUACAGUACGUUCUGAAGAAGGCAUUAUUUACCAAUACUGUAUGUUGAAAUGAAGCUGUAAAUAGGUAGCACCUUACACUUAGAUCUGAAUCAUUUGCAGGGCUCUUAUAUAGCCUCCAUUCAGUGUGUUGCCACCGGACACAUGGACGUCAAAUAAUAAAAUGCUGGAGCGCCCAUCUGCAGUGGCUUGUGGACCCCCGAUGCUUUGGGGUUCCCACAAUUUCAGGGAGGCUUAAAGGAAGGAUUUAGUACAAAAAUAUUACAAAGGGAUGUCAAAGUCAGGAUAAAGUAGCUUGUUGAAGUAUUUUUAGUUCUCUAUAGUAGACAGUAACCUGAAGUCCGGCUUCCACUAACUUUGUCUGGCCUGAAUGGCAAAUGAUGUUGCAACUUGUAAUCACAGCAAGUAAGCCUUGAAUGCUUCAAAAGCAAAACCGAUUUUAGUUUGAAAACGGAAAUGAUAAAACCAAUCAGAAGUCUCAUAAAUGUGCAGUACUCCGAAUCAUUAAUGUGAAAUCUCCUGCUUUGCCUUUUUUCUAUGGUUUGGGUGAAGCCAUUCAUUAUUUGACUCAUCAGGCUUGUAUCUAAACUUUUUGUUUUCCUAGAUUUACAAAAUACAAAAAUUUGUUAUUUAUAUGUAGUGAUUCUGUAUUGGUAUUAGCCUACUGGUAUUCUUAAUUUUACUGUAAUUAUAUUGCCAUUAUAUUGCAAUAUAUGCUAUUUUGUGGAGUCUUUGUUUGAAGAGGGGAGUUUGUGUAUUCAGCUGGUAGUGUUUGAGAGUAUGGUGAGACCUUUGGAGGAGAGAGGGGACGGGAUAUUUGUCAGGAAAGGAGGACUUUGGAGAAAGAGGGUGUCACAGAGAUUAUAGUGAUUAAGGGAGAUCAUUUUCGUGGUCCUUUCACCCUCCUACCACAGUGAUCUACUCUACUGUAUUAUAUUUCAGUUCUUAGACUAUUUUGUCAGUGUGGAUCUUUUUGUGAGAAGUGUUUGUUCAGGGGAUUGCAGUAGAACAGCUCUCAGUGUGGGUACAGUUCAUUAUUUGUCUUAGGUCAGUGGAAAGAUUUAAUGUAGGGUGACUGCAAUACCACAGAGGACUCCAUCUCAUCAGGCACUUUGGAGAAGACGGCUGGAACACAUGAGACUUAAUAUAUUUUAUAUCUAUACAUUCUGCCAAAGUUCACAGCAUAUUCUGCAACGGGGGUAUGAAUCAAGGCCAAAGGGAAAAGAGCUUAAAGGCGACUAUGGGAGUUUGAGAGGAAACUCUCUCUGCAGAUCACUAACCAAUGUUCCUUUCUAUUUGUAUUUCUAAAACGUCAGCUGAUUUUUCACACAAUAUUAUGGUGUCUUUAUUAGCUGCUUGAGAUUUCCUGUAGAUUUUGAUAGUUUCUCUCCUCUCCUUUUUUAUUAGAUUUGCUUUUGUUAGGCAGCUGCAUAAGGGAGAUAACCGUGUGCUCUCAUACACCAGGCAGUACGGUAGUGUGAGGCUGCAUUAUCAGGAAGUAGCUUGGUGAUUUUCUGUCAGCACUGGGUAGGUCAACAUGUGAGUCAACCUUUUUGUUCAGUGAUUCACGCAGUGUUGCAACACCGCUGUGUUUCCACAGUGCUUUGAUAUCAACAGGUGGACAUUUUAAAGUCAAGAUGUUUUUUUUUCUUCACUCCUCUCUUGAGUCUUAUCAGCAUGGAGUUUGGAAAAUAUCUACAUUUUUUGUGAAGUUAGUUCAUGUGCUUAUAAAUAGAAGCUGACAUGUUAACUGUAUUAUUUUUUUUUUGUGAAGCUGCAAGUUCAAAAAGCUUUUGAUUUCAUGACAGGAAUCUCGGCUAGUGAUCAAUGGGAUAGUCUGCGGAAAAAAGUCGCUAAGAAGAUAUAUGUCAUGCAGGCAAAAAGAAAGCUGUAAGAAUGCAUACAGUAUAUAGUCAGGGCAGAGUGUUUAAUCAAAGAUUAUAUAAAUAGAUGGUUAAUUUUAUGGUGAGAUUAUAAAACAAACUGUAAAUGGGCAUGGAAAGCACUUUCACUUCAGUAAGCAUACAUUUACAAAUACUGUAUAUCUCGAGCAGAUACUUGGUGUGCAUGUAAGCCAUUGAAAUAGAGUAUAUAGUACUGUAUCAAAGUUGUUUUCCCCUUUUAGCGAAUGUGUUUUUAUUCUUGAUAUCUGUUAUGUGCCAUGACAAACAUUUCAAAUGUCACAAUUACAAUCCACCAGGAGCUCUGGCACUCAUGCUUUUUAUGGUCAAAUCAUCAUUUUUUAUCAAUCUGCCAUGUUUACAGUUAAAGCAGUGCCUUGGAGUUGGGAAGGUGAGAGGUUUAAGGAUGGGUUAUGAGCCCCCCCCACACACACACACCCACCCCUCUUGUCUCUUACUUGAAAUCACAUGAAGAAGAGGCACAGCUAUAUUUGCUCCCUCAAUAUGAUUUAUAUCCUGUGCCACUUAAGUGCACUUAAGUCAAAUCCUAAAUAUCCAGCAGAAAGAUUUAAAAUGCUUCUUUUGGCACUACGUAAAUUACCUAAGAUGAUUAACAGACGAUAAUCCAUUCAGAAAGUUGCAAUAACAAACAAGAUAACACAUGUCCAGUUAAUAGAGUGUAAGGGAGCCAGCAUAGUGAAAAGCCAUACGUAUGAAACGUGUUUGUAGACAAAACUUAGUACUUGUGCACAGGUCAAAUUCAACUCUGUGUGAUGUCCGCUCAGAAAAAUGUAGGUUCUUGCAGCAAAGACGAGAUAAGCGCUUAUUCUUCAAUGAUGUUGACUGUGUAAUCUUGUAGUGGGGAAAGUAGCUCGAUAUAUUCUGAGAAGCCUAUUUUAUAAAAUAUGUAAAUUAGUCUAUAUUAAGAAAUCAAAGUGAAUGUACAUCUAUAAGACAGAUUUGUAUUUAUAUGAAAAUGUGUACUGCUCUAUUAAUCAAAGCACAAUGUAUUUUAAGGCAGAGAGAUCAACACUAUAAUGGAGUGUGAUAGAGAGAUGGAGUUUGUUUUGUUUUUCCUUAUUCACUCAGCAGUCGUCAAACUCGUCAGUAUGUCAUCAGUCUGAGUGGUUGGUUAUAGUAAAGCGAAUAAUCCGCAGACAGACUGUCGAUUCCUGCAGCAUUUCUGUUGAGCAAUCGAGACAUAAAACUACUGUCUGUCUUCUUGUUCUCAGAGGAGUCAACUGUGGCUGUGAUUCAGACACUUGUGGUGACUCACAGAUAGGUGUUGGAUCUGGCCUCUGGUGUAAAUUGUCUCUGUGAGGUUGACAGGCUGUUAAUAUGCUCAGGUGAUGACAAGGAACAUCACACAGGUGGUGCAGGGGCGUGAUGGCCCUUGUCGUGGCUCUUGGCUUUGGUAUUGUCACGAAAAAGGCAGCAUUCAGCAACUGAAUAGUGCAUCGAUCAAUCAGUGACCAGUACACAGCACAGACAAAGACGAUUAGUCAAUUAUCAUUUCUUGACAACUUACGUUUGAUGCAUGUCUGUCACCAGGUGUGAACAUCCUGAAAGGGAACUCUGAUUUUACACAUCAAAGUCUGUUUACAGGCGUUGGGGAGAACUGCUGCACAUGUAAAAAGAAACUGUAUAAAUCUUUUUGGGGCUAAUAAAUGACCUCAAGUGAUGUCAAGUGAGGCAGCGUCAGUACGGGCUGAAGACUACAAGUGAAAAUGAAAAAAUUAUGAGGUUAGAAAGAGAUCAGUUUAUCAGACCUCCUGAAACCAUACCUGAAAAUACGGCAAAACUGUGAGCGGCCGUGUUGCAUUGUGGGUAAUGUAGACAUCAGAUUCUCACAGGGAGUAAGGCUGAGUUUCACAUGGAAUCAGACCGGCGUGAGACUGGAAACCAGAUGUCUUUGUAGUGGCCGGGUACUGGACGAGUACUGAACAUAACUAGAAAAAUUGCAACAAAAUCAUUUUAUAUAUUUUAUUCCAUUCUUUAUCAACAAUACAGCAUCACCAUGGCAACAUAUCACGCAUGUUUUUUGACUAUUUGUUUGUUUUAAACAUGCCCUCCGGACGGUGUUGUCCGUCUGCCUGAUUCCAUGUGAACGAAGCAUCAGAAUGCAGGAGCAGGAAAGACAUGCAUCAAAUAAAAAUUUAAUUAUAGCGUUACAGAAGUUCAUUGCUAAAUUGGUAGACAGUAUGUUUCUAUUUCUUUCCUCUUGAAAGAUUUUUUUUUCUUUUUAGAUAUAUCUGCUUUAUUGAUAGUGAUAGCAAGAGAUAGCAUAGGAACAGGCCACUGGGGAGAGGACUCAAUAGCACAUGCUCUGCCCAGUAAGCUACAGGGGCGUCCGGUACUCUGUGUUUCUAAUGCUAAAGUGGAGCCCCAAACGCUAAAUAUAGAGUGACGGUCAGACAUUUCCUCUACCAUUUCAUCUGCAACAUCUCAGGUGUUGCCUGGUAACAUCAGUCGGUGCGCUCACUACCAAUGAAAUUGAAACAGACUGUGAUGUGUAAAAUGGGAGUUCUCCUUUAACAAACAUACUUAUGUUGCAUUAUGUAAAAUUUGCUUGAAAUACUUCACUGUGUUUCUACCUCGGCUGCAGUGCACAGGCUUCACGAGGCGCAUCAAACUACUUUGGUUUCAUUUAAAUAAAAUAACAUGUCAAACUAAAAAUGAGGCAAAAUGCCAUAGCGUCAUAUUUAAUCAUCUUUAUUGUCUGGUGUGUGUUGACAGUUGUUUUGUCUGGAUAGCACUGCAAGUAAAUCAUUUGACUUGAUCCAAACAGACACGUUUAUUUUAAGAAGACCCAAUAAAGAAAUGAUCUGAACUCUUGUAUCUCAACAUGCUGUAAAAUUAUGAUGAAUAUCUUUGAAGUUUUUGGGUGAGGUAACACAGUCUAUUAUCACUUUUGAUUGAGGCCGUCAUGUUCAAAUAUUAAUCUUGUUGUCUUAUUUUAUGCAGCAGAAAUUCUUAUAAUGGGUUGUGGUUUGUAACAAAGAUGACGAGUUCUGAUUGCUGAUUUCCCUAAAAGCACCUCACGGUGUAUAAGUGCUAUUUCAUUUUGUGCCAAGAGCCAUUAAAAGAACAUCACAAGUCAUUAGUUUGAGUGUCAGUUUGACCAUAAGCAUAAACAGAUGUGAUUGCUGAAUUCAUGUAACGCGGCUCUGAACAGCCAAAAUGCACAAAGUUUGUGAUCAGACAGAAAGAGGCGCCACUGAGAUGUAGGCGGCCUCUGAGAGUGUAGAACAUCGUCUUGGGAGACAGUUGUUCUCUCAGACGGUGACAUUUCUUUUUUAUUAAGCAAUACAAGCAUUUGAACAAAUCCAAACCAUGGCUGUCCAUCUCAGCGUGACCUAUAGGAAGUAGUUUUUCAGUGGCCUUUGGCAGACUGAAUGUUAGCUGGUUUGUGUGUUGCUUGUUACAGAAGUCAUUCUGUACUUUACUUUUGUUUGUAACUACAAGAAAUAACUGCUUCUCUCUGUCAGUUUAACACAAUCACCUGUUGGGAUGCUUGUUCUUGUUUUGCUUUAAUGAAAUCCCAGAAUCUGCCUUUAUGAACUCUUAAGUAUGGAUAAUCUUCUGACGAGGCACUCCUCUCUCAUAGCUUUUAUUUCUAAUCAAUAACGUAUGAAUGGAUUAGCAGCUGUAGCUGGGAGCGAGGCAGAUCAAACUUGGGGAGCUCUAAAACGACGUGGAUCUUUGGACAGAACUACAAUAUCCUCUAUUCUUUUUCAAUAACUUUUAUUUUUAAGGACGGUAAACAUCUUUGCAAUGUUUUAGUGUGUGUGCGCGCGUCUGUGUUACUUGUGAGAGGUUAACUCCAGAUUGUAUUUCAUAGACUGAUAAACUUUAAACUUUCAAAAAGAUUGUGUUGAAUGAAUUCAUGUCUUAAUACAGAAUUGUUUGAAAAAUAAAAUACCUUAAUCUCA